AUGAAAGCAUUCGCCAAUGGCGAAGUCGUCGAAUUGGACGAGGAGACCAACAAGCGACUCCUGCGAAUCAUCGACUUCAGGAUGAUGCCACUGAUGUGCGUCGUGUACGGCUUGAACUACCUCGAUAAAACAACCUUGAGCUAUGCAUCCAUCAUGGGAAUCAAGAAGGAUAUCAAUCUGGUUGGAGACAACUACCAGUGGCUUGGGUCCAUGUUCUACUUUGGCUACCUUGCCUGGGAGUACCCGACCAACCGCUUGCUGCAAAGACUUCCACUGGCCAAGUAUUCGGCGUUUUGUAUUGUUUGCUGGGGGACUAUCCUCGCGCUGUUCGCGACGGUCAGCAAUUUUGGUGGCGCUGUUGCCAUUAGAUUCCUUCUGGGUGUCUUUGAGGCCGCAGUGACACCUGGAUUUGCACUGAUCACAUCACAAUGGUGGACGAAGAAGGAACAAGGUGCCCGAACAGGUAUCUGGUUUUCCUUCAACGGAUUUGGCCAGAUCUUCGGCGGUCUGGUAGCAUAUGGCAUUGCGGUCGGCGCCAGAAAACACGGCACAGCCAUCGCGCCCUGGAAAAUCGUCUUCCUGGUCAACGGCUGCUUGACGGCGGCUCUGGGCGUGGUGUUUUUCUUUGUCAUUCCUGACAAUCAACUGAAUGCAUGGUGGUUGAAGCCGCGCGAUCGCAUCCUCGCCGUCGAGAGAGUUCGUGUCAACCAGCAAGGUAUCGGUAACAAACAUUUCAAGUGGUAUCAGUUGAAAGAAGCGCUCUUGGAUCCUUUGACCUGGGCUUUUGGCUUUUACGCCCUGACGGCUGAUAUCCCCAAUGGCGGGAUUAGCAAUUUCUUCUCGCAGCUGAUCGUUUCAUUCGGCUACACGCCCGAGGAGUCCUUACUCUACGGGACUCCCGGCGGGGCCGUCGAAGUGGUGGCGUUGAUCUUCAGCGGCUGGCUAGGAGACAAGAUCGGGCAACGCCUGCUUGUAUCAAUGGGCGGUCUCGUCGUCGCCUUGCUCGGCAUGAUCCUCAUCGUGGCUCUGCCUCUGGACAACAACUCUGGCCGGCUCGCCGGCUACUACCUGACGCAGGCGUCCCCAACCCCUUUUGUGGCACUGCUGUCCCUGAUCGCCACUAACGUUGCGGGCUACACGAAGAAAACCACCGUCGCGGCGAUUUACUUGAUAUGCUACUGCAUCGGAAAUAUCAUAGGCCCACAGACAUUCCGCCCCAAGGACGCGCCUCGCUACAAGCCCGCCGAGAUCACCAUCAUCGUCUGCUGGGGGGUCUGUCUCAUCGAUCUGGCGUUCAUCUGGUGGUACUGCAAGCGCAUGAACGCGAAGAAGGCCAUCAUCCGAGCAGAGCCAGGGUACCAGAAGUUGGAGAAUCAAGAGUGA